UCUAGUUUUCGAUUGAUGUUUUCCGUGGAGAGACCGAAUUCCCGUGUUUAUCGCGGUAUUUAAUAACGCAGGAUCGUUCUGCGCGACGCAUCGGCGUCGACCGCGAUGUAAACGGUGUUCAGACGCACGUCGUUUUGGCUGCCUCAGUGUCAUUUCCGCGGAAAAAUGCCUGUGUUUACAUCCGAGCUACGAGCGAGCUUCUGUAUUCCUGUCACAUUAAGCCUAUGGUCCACAGUCCUCAAAUAGCCAAAUCGAGAACUAGACUUGGUGAAGCCGGGUGAGGACGAUAGCCAACAGUCCUUGGACCGGUCGCUAAACUCGCUCGCGAGUUUCCACUUGGCGUGCUCUCAUAAGGCUACCAAAACGUCGACCCCAUCGGUAAUCAAGUUAUCGGGGGGUGGAACAGGUGGCAGUGGGGAGCAAUUGUCCCCAGGGCCUGGCCCACCUCCCCCGGCAUCUUCGUUGAUCGGCAGUGACGGUCGCAUCAACGAGAAUACACCAGCCACAGAUAACAAUGAUGACGAAGCGAAGCAAACUGUCGUUUCGAUGGCGACUGGAACGACGAAGUCUACGUCUGCGGAAAUGGAGAAGGAAUAUGGUCAAGCUAAUGAAACCACCAUGAGUUUUGUUCUGAAACUAGAUGUAGAAGCUGCAGCUGCGCCGGUGGUGGAGAACACGACAAAGGACAGCGACAGGAGUGAAGAACAGCCACCGACGUUACUGUUCGCUCAAGAGAUAUGGCGAUCCCAGGAGCCCGUUGCAGUCGCCACCGGCACAGCAACGACUAUCACCACGACAGGGAACGCCAUGGUGAUCACGAGCGGCGACGACGCCACUGUGGCUACUAAUAGUGGCAAGUUGCAGUCUCUGGAAGCGACAAGCAACCAGGAGCAGCAGACUACGACGAUCACCACUGCGUCUACUCUCACAAGUGUCAAGCCUGUGGUGACUUAUCCAGUUGCUAAAGGCGCCAGGGAGCAGGUGCAAAAAAUUAUCACCGGUUCACAAACCAACACCACGGAGGUGUUGACAUCGCGUGUCAUCUCGCAGAAGUUAUCGCCAUCGUCCACUGAUCAGGCGCAGCUUGUCCCGGUGACGGUCAACAUUUCUUCUCAAACAUCGACUAACUCGACGUCCUCGCCAUCCCCCAACAGUGGCGGCGUUCUCUGUCCUUGGCAGACAACCAUGAUCACUGUACAAAACAGUCAGCCGAUAUAUCAAUCGAAGAAUCAAGUUACGACCACUGACCUUAUCCAUUGUAAGCAGCAACAAGUAACGGUGGCAAGCAAUGUACAGACUACGUUACAUCACAAAUGUCAGCCAGUAUAUUCCACGAGCACUUCUACUACAGCGGUGAAGGAUCUACAAAGAUUUUACACGAAAUCAUUGCCAAGCAGCAUCAUCUCAGCUAGUCAAUCGGCGCAAAAAAUCAAGACCGUGACAAAUGUGAUCACUAACCCAUCUACCAUAGUUGCGCAACGUAAUAAUUCGUUAUCUAGAUCACAAGGUGCGCAGAAAACACGAGUGUUACCUGGUCAGUUUAUAAACAAUCAGGUAACAGCGAACAACGCAAAUCCGCAGAAAAUUCAGCUAGGCAAUCCGACACAGAAGACGACGCAGCCUGUCGGCGCAACGAAUAUGCAAAAAACAACCCUCCAACCUGUCUGCAACAAUCAAAAAGUUCCAUUGUGUGGCAAUCAUCUUCCAAAUCUGAAAACGCAACAGCAAAAGUUGCAAAUGCCUCAUAAGAUAUCUCUAACCGUGGGCAGGCAACAAUUACAAUCAAGUACACAAAUAAAUAAUGUUUCGAAAUCUAGUAAUCUUGUAACCGGUAUACAAAAAUAUCCGCCACCUGGGCAACAUUUUAUGGCAUGCCAACAAGCAACCAGAUCUCAAUCAACGGCAACCGGGCUGCAAAAAUCUCAGACAAUGGCCACAGUACAAACCACCAAACUACAAACUACGAUGAGUAAUGUUUGCAAGAGCAAUAGUGUGCCAAACGUCUCCAAAUCAUCGCAAAAUUCGAAUGUGCUUAAACAACAAAUACAGUUGCAAACUACGUCGGCGCAAUUGUUACAAAGUUCGCAACAAGUAAUCCAAAAGUCUCAACAGCAAUCGGCGAAUAAUCUACAAGUUCAACGAGGUAUUACUAAUGUGCAUUCGAAGGUGAUAGCGCCUGUACCGAACAAUCAAAGAACUCCGGUUAUGAUGAACUCGAAAGUUCAACAGCAGCAACAGCAACAGCAACAGCAACAAACGAUGAUGAGGGUAGGAAUAUCGAAGGGUCAGACGCAAGCUGCUCAAACUGUAGCAAGUCUGAAGACUAUCUCGCAGAAACCCAUAGUGAAUCCCGCUAAGACGACUGCAAAUUCCCAAAAUAAUGUUAUUCAACAGCCUAUCAUAGUGCAAAGAAAUAACAAUCCUCCUCAACCCGUGAAAAUUAUUCAACAACAACAGCAGCAACAGAAUAUAAUCGGUCCGCAAAAUGCUCCGCAAAAACAAUCUGGAUGCAUCAAGACUAUUCCACCGCAGAAACCUGCACAAAGAAAUCACGCUCAGAAAAUUGGCGGCAACCCUGUCGUUAAACCCUUGUUGAGUUCAAACGUAACAGGAUUUACGAAAACCCAAGGUCCGAUCGCGACACAAGUGGCGCAAAAAACAUGUAUUAAGACCUUGCUGCCGCAGCAAACGGUGGUCACACCAUCCAAUGUGAUAGCUCCGCACAAAAACUCGCCGAUCAAAAUUCAGCAACAAGCGAUACAGCAGAAACAAUUGGUCAUGACGCCGCAAUACACUCAGCAGAUCCGACAGCAAGCCGGACAAAUAAAAACGUUGCUUCCGAUAACCUCGGCUACGAUUGAACCUCGUAAAGACGUCACUGAGAAUAAAAUCGACAAUGAGUCACGGAUGUCUAAAGAAGAGGAGCAAAGUACGCCUAAAUCGCCAGUAAGAAGAAUGCCGCUUCCUUACGAGUGUCUUCAGUUCGUUCUCCAAGAUCAUAAUUAUGGAGCGCCACCGCCACGAACGCCACCUCCGCCUCCAUCGCCACCUCCUCAUUCGAAGCAGCAACCCAUUAACGGAGCCGGCAGUUCUACAGCUACCUCCCAACAUCCUUACAUCUUUGGACCUGUUACAACCAACACCAAUGUGGAGGAUGAUGCUGCCAGUGCGAUAAGUAGUGAAGAGGGACGAGAGGCGGAACCGGAAGGCGAAGAAACUGAAACAGCACCCGAAGGCGAAGGUGAUGACGAAGACAGUGUUACUAGAUGUAUCUGUGACUUUGAACAUGAUGACGGAUAUAUGAUAUGUUGUGACCGUUGCUUAGUAUGGCAGCACGUCGAUUGUAUGGGCAUUGAUCGUUCGAACAUUCCUGAUGAAUACCUCUGCGAGAGAUGCCGACCACGACGAGUGGACAGACAGCGAGCACGCGCCUUGCAAAUGCGUAAACGCGAAGAGCUUCUUAAUUCGGACAUGUCUUCCGACGCGUCGUCCACCAAUUCAGCAGACACGGACGUCGGUUCGGUGAACAACGCCACGGCCCAAAAGAAACGUCCGCUUUCGCAGCAACAAUCGCAAAUUCCGAGGCGCAACAAAUCCGAUACGUCUGCCCAAUCGUCACAGGUGCGAAGGUUAAAUAACAACAAUAAUAAUAAUAACAAUAACGUUGGAAAGAGGCAAAGAAGAGAUUCGCAAGCCCGACAAUCAAGCACCGUUCGUAAGAAGGAGAACAAUGCCGCUCCGAAGCGAGGACCUGGGAAACGUAAGGCUAAAAGGAGAACGAGUCUGGAAGAUAAAGAGGACGAUGUGCAAGAUGCCUGGGGUACCAAUAUGGCUCCACUUAGACAAUGGAUCGAAAGAUACGAAGAAGCCGUUACGAAUCAUUACAGCCCUGAACUGCGAGCUAGGAUAUCAAAUAUCAAAGUCAACGGCACGCAUAGCGACCUAAGGCAAAGUAACAUGAAUGUCGUUGCCACCGGUAAAUGCCGGCUCAACGUGCACAGCAAUAAUCUUAGAUUUUUAGUGGCGACAAUGUACCUCCCGCCAAAUACGCCUAUCGUGGAAUUACGUGGCAAAUAUAUGCUCAGCACACAACACCGACUGCAAUAUACGCAAAGUGGUAGGCAGCACGUCCAACGACCAGGACCGUUCGUGUUUUUCUAUCGUCUGCCACGCGAUGGCACCGAAGUGUGCGUAGACACGCGGACAUACGGAAAUGACGCGAGGUUCGUGCGGCGUAGUUGCAAGCCGAACGCCGAGGUGAAGCAUUGCAUCGAGAAAGGCACGCUACAUCUCUAUAUUGUGACGACAUGUGCAAUCGAGAAAAACGCCGAAAUAACAAUCAAACACGAGCAGCAUGAUCUGCUGCUGUCACCCAAUCCCAGUUCCCCAGCGAUGCCUGUUGUGUGUGCGUGUAAUAAUCCACGGGAGUGUCAAAUUACAAACGCGGCGAGCCAGCUGAACAGAAGAGGUAGCAACGGCGCUCUUGUCGAAAAUGCCGAUGGCAGAGAACGAAGGCGACGAGGUAGAAGGAAUACAGUCUGUGAGGAAACUGACUCCAUACCACCGGCGGUUCCUCCGGUGACGAGCGUCACGCAAGCCACUACGACUACAACAUCGUCUGCAUCAUCGACGGUGACUCCUGCAACACCAAGGAGACCCGUCACAACUACGGUUAUAACUACAACGACCCGUCAAGUUGCAAAGGAAGAGACCCCCGCUACGGUAACGAAUACGCAGCCUCAAACGUCACCUAAUUUAAAUCAAUCGGUGACGACGACGACGACGACGGAAUCGAAAAAGGAUAAAAAGAAGAUGACACGGGAAGAGAGGAAAAUGGAGGCGAUUAUAAAGGCUUUCGAGAGGCUAGAGAAAGCAGAGCAGAGAAAACAGGAGGUACAAGCGAGAAAUGCGCAACGAAAAGAAUCUGGUGGCACGCACAGCGAUAACGAGGAUAGUCACUCGACGACGGGACAAUCUAAGAGUAGUAAACAAACAAACUCGGAGAGACCGCUACGACGUAGAAGGAGGAAAGGUCGAGCGAGGACGACAAGUUCAUCUCAGUCGCAGGGCAGUAGUCGAAGGACAAGAUUGAACUCCGCCGAGUCGGACGUAUCUUCUGGAGACGAGAGCAAUUCCAUGCAGUCGCCGCCUUUGUUGAGUCAGAAUUGUCCACCUAACCGGGACGUUCCCUAUUCAUCGCACUUACACACUCCGUCUAAGAACACGACGGAUGAUGUUAGCAAUACCGGCUCAUCAUCUGGUGGAAUUCCUACUGCUGCUGGUUUAUUGCUAGCUUUAGCGAAUUCUAACGCUCCCGGUCCUCCGAGUUCUCCACCGUUACAACAACCCACUCCUGUCAAAAGUCCUACUUGUGACAGCGGAGCCAGUAGCAGUUCACAGAGUUCUACGCCAUCGACACCGUUGUCCUCUGCCUGUUUGUUGGUGGCCGCCGCGGUCGGCCCCUUGGCUCCGGGUUUCAAAUUUCCGAAGACAAAGAAGGUAUUGAUGAACGAAUGGCUAAAGGAAUCGCCCGAUCCGCCACAAGUUAAUAUACCUCAAGUGUCACCUCUGCCGGUUUUACCACCUGCCGGUCCAUCAGCCUUACAAAAUUCCAUGAAUCCACUGUGCAGCAGGCAUUUCUCACCGGUACCGACAGAUGCUUCAGCGGAAUUCCUAUCUCAGAGUUACGCAGCCAAAAGUCUAGCCACUCUCGUGCAAGCUGCCAAUUCGGUUAGCGGCAUAUGCGAUUCACCGCCGCAACGUAGACAGCAACAGCAAGUGAUUCCCAGUAAUAAUAAUAAUAAUGGCAAUGGUGGCAGUCCCGCUGUCUCUACAGGCUCGGCAAAAAAGCGAUGGUUGCGCCAGGCUAUUUCGGAAGAGUGUGAUUCACCCAAUAGCCGGCCUGAGAGUCCUCCUUCGCUUAGCGAGACGGUAGCACCCCCCAAGAAGCGAAGAAUAGCUCGAGAAAGUUUAUCGUCGGAUAAUUAUACCCCGCCGACGACACCGACCAUGCUGCUUCCGACUGAAGCAGCGCCUAACAACAGAUCACUAUGUUCUGCUGAUGAUGACUAUACAGAACAUGUGCAAUCGCCUAUUGUGGAACAGACCGAUGACAGACAUUACGAUUCGGAAUCUAUAAAAGAAGAUAUUAAAAUGGAUGAUAGAUCUAUGGAUUCUGACAAACCAAUUAUUCAAGAAAAACUCUCAAUUGAUAUUUUUCCUCAAUCAGAAUUUUAUGUAAAAAGUGAAGAAAAAACAGAAUGCUCUGACAUUAUUAAAACGGAAGAGUCUUCUGAAAUGGAUGUAGACAAUGUUAUGACAAAAAAAGAAAAAGUUUCCCCGAAAUGGGAGGGAGAUGAUAUAAAGUCCGAAUGUAGUUACGAUCAGUUAGAUCAAAAAAUAAUUGAAAAGAUUCGAGAGGCCGUUGAAAAUAGAGUAUCAUUCAGCAAUUUUGAUAUCAAGAAAGAAUCUUUCGCUAAGGAGGAAAUUGUCACUAAAGGCACAGUUGAGAUAAUUGAUCAAAAUGAACCCGAUACCGAGAUGGAAGGAUUCAGUUCUCCCAUCGCUACUAUAGAACCCGACGCGAUUUUAAAACAGCGAGUGGUAGAGAUGCAGCUGGAGUUCGGGGGUGGCAUUGCCGAAAUCGUGAACAUUGCCAGUAGCGAAAACGAAAAGUCGAACGAUGAGAAGAAAUCAUCCGAAGCCAUUGCAAAGUGUGAAGAGAUUGCUGAGAAAUCAGACGACAACGCAUCUAUCGAUGAGUUUGACGUCGAAGCGCAGAUGAAGAAGAUCACGGGCGACGACGGUAACGACUAUCAGGAAAAGAUUGACACGAGUUCGGAGAAGGAUAAGAGCAUGGAUGGAAUAGAGGGACUAAUGGAUAGCUCGAAAGAGGAUUCGGAUUCCGAGGAUAAGGACGUGGACGAUGACAAGUACUGCGAAUCUUCCUUUAAGUUAUUUGAUAUCAGUCAUGAAGAAACAUCUUUCAAAGAAUCGGAUACUAAGCCCGAUACUAAACCGGAACAGAUUAUCGUUACAGAAGAUGACACGAAAGAGACGGAUAAGAGUACGAAUGACGAGCCCGCAAAGGAAGUCUCCACAGUGGAAGAGCCGUCUGCCUUUGCCGCCCUGUCGGAGGAGUCUAUCUUCGAUUCGACUUCUGCGAACAUGGAUGCGGAGUCCAUCGCGGACCCUCCCAAGAUCUUUCACUCGAUUCCACCUUUGAGCGAGCGCAUUCGCAAGAAGACCGAUUCGUCUGCCACGCCGAAAACGCCUAAGAUGGACUUUGAAGCGGCUAUCAUAGAAUCGACGAUAAGUAUGGACGCUGUGGACGGGUCUAAGAAUGGGGAGCAAAAGUCGAUGUUGUCAACUGCGCUACGCGAACUUUUGGAGGCAAAACUGGACGACGAGCCGACGGCCGAAGUAAUGAAAAAUGACGUUGAUAAUGAGAUUAACGCGCCAUCACAAGUAAUUCAACCAAAAUUAGACUCCUCUGAACAUAGUUUAGACACAAUACAAGAUUCGGCUUCGAUUCAGGAAACGCCGAAGCUAGAAGAGACUCCCACAAAGGAGGAAGAGACCAAACCCAAAGAGAUAAAACGAUUGAAAGAUCCGAGGACCGUCGUACCGAAUAGUAUGCCUGCACCAGCUUUUAAACCGGAUUCUCUUCCUCCUGUCAAGCGCAAGGUUAGAAGGUUAUCCAUAUCGGAAUAUCGCAAACGCAAACAACAGUCAUCCGGAGGAACCGGAACCGAGCCAGAAUCGUCGAAUGACGCUUCUACUACGGACAAAAGUGGAGCACGAGGUAGAUCGGAUAGCGCCAGCAGCGGUACUUCUUCGCUCAGUUCCGAUGAAGAAGGUUCAAAAACAUCGCUUUCUCUCGAGUUGACAGGAAUGAACUCGUUGACACUAUUCCCUAACGCGGCUAAUGAGAACGAUGAAAAAAAAGGAGAAGAGGGUGCAAUUGGUUGGUCUGCAGCGCCAACUUUGGUAGAACGUCAACGAGAAAAUCUUACUGAACGAUUGAAACGCGAAUUUGGAUUGUUCCUCAGCGAUGACGAGGAGGAGAGAGCUCGCAAGCAUGGUUUGACGACGGAGGCAAUACUGAAGGCGCAUAAAUCUCCGCCUCAAAACUUAGUAAUCAGUACCCCGCCGGCAUACUCAGGACUGCCCCCGCAGUUACCCCCGCAGCCAUAUAUACCGCCACCCGGCUCGGCGUCCAUUCACUAUCCCCAGUUCCAGAGUAAACCUGGCACGGUGCAAUAUCCGAACUUUGCGAUACCACCGCCGACCACGUCCCAGCAACCGAUAUACAACACCGCCGCGUCGUCGCAGGCGACUGCAGUCAAUAAGCAGACGCAGUCAACGCCGUUUUUGGUACCUCAAGCAUCCCAAGCGCCACCGGGUUCCAAUCCGUAUCCGCCACAAUUCGUUCCGCCACCGCCGCUGCCGCCGCCAACCGCGGGAACGACGGUGCCGAUCACCAAGUUCCCAGCGGCGACGCCGCCACCGCCACCGCCUCCGGGCACCCAGGUGUCGUAUCCUCCGGCGUCGUCGGGACAACCUCAGAAGCCGUUUUUUAACCAUCCGGCGCCGAGGUCGUAACCGGCAGAAAAGGGUAGGAUUGUUAAAAGUUCUUAAGUUUUUAAACUGAUAUUGUUUUACAUUCUCUACAACGAGCGACAUCUCGAUUGAACCGCCUCGACUAUCUUGCCCACUCUUCUGUCGACGAGACGAAGUUUUAGACUCGGUUCUUUGGAAAA